AUGCUCUCCCGGGCGGGGCCGGGAGUCCGGAGGGUCCGGAGCCCGGGAGGCCACAGAGGCCGGAGGAAAGUUGUGGGAUCCGAGCCCCAGCCGCCGCCAGAGCCGGAGCCGCAGCCGCCGGGGCGAGGACCACCCAGCGGGGAUCCGGCACGACCUUCGGACCCGCCCAGUUCGGCUGCCCGGGUCGCCCUGGGGUCGGGGGCAGCCGCGGGGGCCGCGGGCGGGAGGCGUGAACCCGGGGGCUGCAUGAUGCGCUGCAAACACAGGGCCCCGGGGCUGUGCGGGGCACCCUGCCGGGCAGAGGUCACAUCCUCAGAGCAGAUACCACCUUCCUGGAAGAAACCAGUGUUUUCCGAGGAACUCAAGUUCACAGUGCAGAGAAGCUGCAUGAUGUAUGAUAUUGCAACACAUUGAAUGCAGAAACUGAGAUGAGAAUCCAGCCGUCCUCUAUUAAGCCGGGCACCAGAGAUGUGCAAACAUGCAAAGCU